AUGUGGAAACUAGUGGUUCCUAGAACGCCUUCGCAAACCAUUGGCAUUCGCUAUUUAUCAACAUGUGCUAAGAGACUUAGCCAGUAUCCCCCAACAUACUUCUCUAACCCUUCACCAGCCCCAAAGAACAUGGUUGGAUCAUCACCAUUAAUACCCAGCAAUCCUGCGUCUCCUUCUCAUAUCACAUAUUCCCCGGCUUCAAAUAUGCCUACUCAAAGGAAACUAGGAUUUGGAAAAGAUGUUGCCCUCUGCAUGGCGGUUUUUGUGUUGACGUACUUUGCAAUCGACAACUACAUUAGUCGUCAGGCAUUACAAACAGAAUCAUUCAAAAAUUCUAUGGAGCACCAAAAGGCUCUUACUUUGGCCCAACUUUCAUUCAACAAUGCCAGAAAAAAGCGGGAAAUCCAGAUCUUGAACGAAAGAAAGAAUUUUCAAAAGCGUGAGAUGAAGAUGGCGUUACAUAUUGCGUUAUUGAGAAAACAGUUAGAAGCCACUGGAGUCAAACCUGUCAAUAUAAAUGAAGCAAUUAAUGAAUUCGAAAAGAAUGUCAAAAUGGAGAACUCAUUAUCGAAUAUUACAGGUACGAGUUUGUGGGUUGUGGAUGAUGCGGAUAUUAAAUCACAUCUACCAAGCACUCACGAAUAUGAUAAAAAAUAG